AUGUCUGACAGCGGCAGCAGCCAUACUCGAGGCCAAGUCUCGCCGGCUGAGGAGACUGUGCAGAGCAGCGAGCAUCCCAUUCCCAAUGACGGCGAGAGCAGCACGUACCCUCAGCAAGAGCAAACAUACAUCCUGCAACUCGAGCUUGAUAGAACAGGCCGCCUCACAUUCAUCCUGUUGCAGCAGAAUUUGACCGCCGUUGUCGAACAGAUCAUCGCUAGCCUCAAUCGGACAAUCCAGCAGGUCAACAACAAGUACAGCAUCAACUGCCCACUGCUCGACAAGUAUUCUCGAAACGCGGUGACUAUGGCACGACUCGCCAUGGCGCCGGUCCAGGCCACCAACUUACGAACGACACUACUGCUGUCAAGUGUGAAGGUGACAUUCCAGAACAUUCAUCUUCCUCCCACAACCCUAUCGACUGUCAUCAAGCGCCUCGACCACGAGAUUCGAAUCCGCCUCAUGGACAAGCUAGAGAAGAAGAAUCAAGACCUGGCGCACCAUAGCAAGCUGUUCGAUGAUUUGCAGGAUCGAGCUUGCUGGCUGGACAGAUUCAUCCGAACGGGUAUUGGUGAGCGUAUCCUGCUGAUGGGAGGGGCUGGACCAUUGGCGAGGUUCAACCAAGGCAUGUCCUGGCUCAGAACGCCAGAAGGAGUGCCUCAGCUUACUGGCUUCCUUCCCAACCCCGAGGACAUGCCACUAGGCGAGGAGUGGCCUGAUGAUGGCCUGUAUCGAGAUGAGAAUGGCGCAUUGAUUCCCCUGUGGAGUGAUGGGAGAGAUCGUACAGCCCAGGAGCUCGUGGUGGAAGUUUUUGAGGCCAUGGGACCAUGGCCACCGAUGCAAGGCGCGCUCACCAAGAAGAAGAAGGCCAGGAGUGUAAACGAGCAGCUCAACUCGGCGGCAUCGAAAGUCGAUCAUGGAGAGAAGAAGCGCAUGGCAGCGCAGCGUUUCAAUGGCCUUCUAGCCAAGCUCGGACAUAGCUCACACAAGAUCAUCGGCUUUCGAAUGAUUGCGAAGGACGUGAUCGUGCCGCGCUGGGUGGAUGUAAAGGACAGAACGGCGCUCGGGUUGCUGAGGGAGCUUGGGUUGCUGAUUCGACUCCGUUGGUGA